UUCUACGCUCAGCCUCAAGCGCUUUCCGCGUCCGUUUGGGCGGGAUGAGACAUAUCACUCCAGGCUUCACCCAAGCUAAAUAUAGCUCAUCCAUUCCCAUCUCUAUCCUUCCUCCCGCCCUCAAUCUUUCGGUUGAACUCGCCGAUAGAAGGCCUCCAACAGAGCUGCUGCGCACUUCUUGUUCUCACGUAACUACGAGGCGCGAACUUGGUUGUAUCGCUGUUAGACAUCAGCUCUUUUUCUCCCGUUUGCUUGCGAAGAGCCGCAAAAAUGAGCAAUCCGUCACAGCUCUUUCUCCUCGCUGAUCACAUAAAGCUAUCUCUUCUGGAACGGCAAAGGGCGAUUUCCCUUAAGCUUGAACCCAAUUCGCAGGAUGGUGAAAUAUCCCGUUCUUUAGAAUCUCUCCGUGAAGGAAUUGAAGCACUUGAUUCGCAAAUUGCUCGGCUCGAAGAAAAUGAUGACCCAACAUCUGCAACACUGAAGGACCAAAGAAUCAAUCUCAAUCAGCAAUUAGAUGGCCUCACUUCACAAUUCUAUGGCAAUAACUCAACUCCAGAUACUACUGAUAAAACCCCAAAUGAUCCAUCCUUAUCCGAUGACUUUGUUCGUGCGACAAGCACGUCAACAACUCUAAAACACCCUACUCCUCAGCAUCCAAUUUCCAAAUCUGUCAGGUUCACUGACACUCUGACUGCAUCCGUUGAGGAAGACGACCCCAACCGGAGAGCUCUUCUUCAUCCUUACCGCGACACCCCUUCCCCGCCAUCCGUGGAUCACUCUACUCUCUCAAAUCCUGACAUCCACGCGCACCAUGCGCUGAUCAUGCAAGAGCAAGAUGAUCACCUGGAUCGCCUUGGAGAGUCUAUUGGGCGACAGCACGAGCUCAGUAUUCAAAUCGGAGAUGAAUUAGAAGGACACAUAGCGUUACUGGAUGAUGUGGAUGGCCAUGUGGACCGCCAUACGAGAAGACUAGAGGGCGCGAGAAAGAGGCUAGGGAAAUUCCGACGCAACGCAAGCGAAAGUCGAAGCUUGAUGACCAUCAUCGGUUUAAUCAUCGUUCUCGUUAUCUUGAUUGUUAUCUUGAAAUAAGAUGCCACCAAUCCUUGCAGGCUAUCGUUUCCGCUCAUUCUUUCACCAAUCCGUCCCUUCCUCCUUAGUCUUUUAUUUCCUUGGAUAAGUUUGCCAUUCCACAUAGGCGUUCUGGGGUUGGAUACGAAUUUAUAAGCUGUAUAUGAUCACAGGCGCUAUUGGGGACCUGGCGUUGUGUUUCGGUAAAGAACUCAGCUAAUGCCUGGUUGCAUUUCAUUUUCAAAGACUACUAUCCUUAUUCGUGUACACCCACCCUCUUUCGCGCGCUUCGCAUUUCGUACAACUUUUUUGUUUCCUCCUAACUUCAUCUUCCUUUGCUUUGCGUUUCUUAUGUUAAGCGCUCUCUAUUCAACUCAUCAAGAGGCACCUAAGAUACGAGCGUGUGUCUAUACCUAGAGAUGCGUUCUUUAGAACAGAAAUUAUCUUUCUGUGCAUCCAAGCAUAGUUUCCAUUAUAAUUAAUGUCUUCUAUACUAACAAUAGACCUACAAAACCGUCAUAGCUAAUAUAGCCUUAAGCAGAUUACUUAUCUGUGGAACACAUUCGAAUCAUCUCACUGCGGAUCAUGCUGCACGACUGUAUGGAAGAACAACAUAAAUGGGAUCCCAAUUUAGCUAUGCACACAAGCUAUUCUCCGAUGUUUUACCAUCAUGUUUAUAGCAGCCGGCCAUUAACCUUUUUACCCAGUUCAGUUCAGCUUUAGUUUCUUUAUUUCAUCUCCGGCUUCGUUUUUCACACUCCAGCUGCCCCGCCGCAAGGGUUGGAGUUUGAAGCUAACAUCCUGCAAUCCAACAAACACAACGAACGCAUGAAUAAUAUACAGAGUUGGAGUUCAAUUCCAAACAACCAACCACUCAAAAGCAUCCAAAGAGUGUUCAAGUCGGAGCGGAGAGAAAGACGAGGAAAGGAAUACUUGAUGUAAAAUCCGGGAAUUUCUUGCGAGUUUUAAAGCGUUCCAGCAAAUUAUCCCAUUUGCAAUUGAAAUCCUCUCUUUAAGUCAUCAUCCCGCCUCCCUUCCCAAUACCGGUGCUUGGAGAAGCGGGUUUGUGCCCGGCCAUCUUCGCCUGCCGCAUUUGUUCUUCCAUCUCGGCAGCGGCCUCGGUAAUUUCGCCACGGUCAGCUUUUACCUGUGCAGGUGAAAAAGAGGCAAAUUUCAAAGUUAGCUAUCGCUGUCUUAACUUGAUUGCUGCAUAAAACAUUACAAUUUUUAUUGGAGCUGAUGAACAUCGAGCAAUUUGCGGGAGGGGGAAGGGAAGGGAAGGGAAGGGAGAGGGCAGUGAAGGGAGUGAAGGGGGCAACCUACGUGCGCCUCGCUAACGCUGGCGAGAGACUCAUGCCACCGUGGAUCCCCGUCCUUCCGUUGUUGGUUGUGCUCUUGCUUGCUGAUCCGGAUUGCUUCCUUUACGUUGUCUCGAUCUAUUAUUCUCGUGAGGAAAAGCAGAUGUCAGUUGGCGUAUCCUCUAGAAGAUGGGCUGCAAAAAUGGCUAUAAUAUCGCUUCCCGUCGAGGUGUCAUUAAGAUUUGACUUACUCCUAUCAGACUCCUUCAAAGCAUUCCGAGUCGACGAUUGGUGGAAUGCCUGGCUAAGACACGGGGUAUAAACCCGCGCAGCGGCAAUUGGGCGGUUAAGGAAGCGGGCGGUACUUGGAAUUGCAAGAAACGACAUGUUUGGCGUGGUGUGUGUAGGGUACAAUAAAACUGGGUGGUGGUUUAUGGGGACAUAUAAGGCACUCUUAAAGAAAUGCCUUACCUGUGCUUGUUAGUGCCAAAAAUGCCGAGCGGGAAAGACGGCACGGCGAGACGCACGAGAUUCAAAUAGGCAAUAAAUAGCUUCCUAAUUUCCGGGGUAGAUGAGGGGUUGAGAAUGAUAUUAAAAUGUGGCGCACUGAUAGGCAUGGAUCUUUAUACCCUCAUAUAUAUAUAUAUAGAAAUGCUCACACCGAGCAGUAUACGUAAUUCGUGGAUCCUCAACACGGAACAAUGAGAAACAAGUAGAAUGUAGGCGAUUAUGGCUCCUCAAGACUUCCAAGCGGCGGCAACUGGUUUCGAU